CUGCAUCAUGAGACUAUAAAACGUUUCCCAAAUUUGAUCAUCUAAUGUGAAUUUGAGAGGAAGACGUAAUCAAGAAACCCCAGAAGUUCAGAAUUCAGAAAUCAAGGGCAGCAAUGGGGAAGGCAAAAUCGUUCAAAGAUGAAUUCACUUUUGAACAAAGGUUGGACGAAGCCACUGAUAUGCUCGCCAAGUAUCCUGAUCGAGUCCCUGUGAUUGCUGAGAAAUAUUCAAGAACUGAUCUUCCUGUGCUUGAAAAGAAAAAAUUCUUGGUUCCUAAAGACAUGUCCGUCGGACAUUUCAUUCACAUUUUGAGUGGCAGACUUCGGCUUGCUCCUGGCAAGGCUCUUUUUGUAUUUGUUAAGGAUACAUUGCCUCAAACAUCUUGUUUGUUGAACUCUGUUUACGAGACAUACAAGGAUGAAGAUGGAUUUCUGUACAUGUGUUACAGCAGUGAAAAAACCUUUGGUGGUGUUGCCACAGUGUUGUAAAUUCUUCAGUCUUUGACCACUUUGUUUCCCAACAAGUGACUCGAAGUUUGUUUGUCAGUAUUUCAUUUGUGUAUAAAGUUCUUAGUCUUCUCAAGCUGAUGUAAAUUUGUCAAACAUGAAUAUCCGUUCCUUAAUAACACACGGAUCAAAUUCGCGCAUAAUGCUCCAUCACGAGCAAACUGUUUUAUCCUGAUAUGGGAACAUUGCAGUAUUAUACUUUGCUAGUAUCUGCCAAUAAACUUUACUAGUAUCUUUGUAUUAUAAUCA